CUUUGACUUUAAAUUGUGGGAUAUAACGCUCAUCAUCAAUUCUUGCAACAAGAUAAAGAUGGAAGAGGAAGGCAUGGAAGACAUCAGCUUGAAGGAGCUUGCCAAGAAACUAGAUGAAUUUGCUAAGGCUAGAGACUGGCAAAACUAUCACACUCCAAGAAAUUUACUCCUUGCAAUGGUUGGUGAAGUAGGAGAGGUAUCAGAGAUAUUUCAGUGGAGAGGAGAGGUGGAAAAGGGUUUGGCAAAUUGGGAAGAAUCAGAAAAGGAGCACCUUGGAGAAGAGCUCUCUGAUGUUCUUCUUUACCUCAUCAGAUUGGCUGACAUUUGUGGCAUUGAUCUUCCUCAUGCUGCCACCAAAAAGCUUCUCAAAAAUGCCAUCAAAUACCCUCCCAACUCCAACCCCUUCUCAUCCUAGAUCUUUCAAAAACAAAUUUGCAAAAAUUAGAUAAUUAAUGUAACUUUGAUGUUUAAUUCUCUAAAUCAAAACCUUUUGUUUUAUGUAAUUUUACAUGUUUUUGGAUU